AUGACCUCUCGACCAGAACUCGACGCCUACCAAGUCUUCGUAGAUCGCUUCACCGCUGCCCGUCGCAGGUUGGGUCGAACUCGAUGGAGGUCUCGUGGAAAUCUAGGGGCUCUGGAGAUGGAUGUUGUCAAUAGUGAUGAAGAGAUGGAUGAUGUUGUUGAUGAUGAGAAAACAGGUGGUGCAGGUGAUGACGAGGAGAUGGGUGAUGUUGAUGAUAUCAAGGAGACGGGUGGUGUCGUUGAUGACGAGGACACGGGUCUCUUAGAUGUCAGUGGUGAGCUGGCGUCCGUGGAUAGAGCCGCAAGGGUGGCGGAGCUGAAGGCCUUGAGUCCCAUCCGUAUUACAAGGGGUUCUCCAGAAGCUCGUAUCAUCGGUCAAUAUUCCGAUGGUAACAAGCGCAUCAACCGCGAAAUUAUCACGUAUGGGAGGAAAAGGUGGCCGUGUUUACGACCAGUCAAACCUCAUAAUUGCGGAUCCCGUUGUGCUUCUUGCACUUCCGGGCCAUGCUCGUUCUGUCCCCCCAAUACCGCUCGGGACAUUCCUCCUAGGACCUCUGCCCCUCCUCCAACAGCGCGGGACGUACUAGCAACUCCCUUCGUCCCCUCCGCGCCUCCUUACACUCCGUCCGCUGUCGUUCUCUGUCGUGUCCCCACGGCCCAGGACAAGGAAUUCUCUUCGCCCUCUCCUUCGGCGAAUUUCUCCUCUCCCGGCCCUACUUCGCCGUCUCCCGCCGUCCAUCGCCCGCCUAGCUCUCCUGUGGCCGGACCGUCUCGUCUUCCUGCUACUCCUUCGGCAGGUCCGUCUCGUCGCACCCCUCGUUGUGCUUCUCCCGCCGUUCCUCGGCCUUCUACUCCUGUAGCUGGCCCAUCUCAUCUCCCGACCACCCCUUCGUCCGCCUUGUCCCGUCCUACCAGGAGCCGUCCUACUCCUGCCUCAACACAAGAGGACUCUCCUCUCACUCUUCCUCCUGCCCUUGGGACCCGAAGUCGUCAACCAUCUGUCCCUCCUGCCACUGGGCUCUCAACUCCUGCUCUUCCUGUCCAAACUCCUCCUUCAAAAUCUCCAAAAGGGAAAGGCAAGAAGAAGAAGGCCGUCCAAUUCGAAUCUGCAGUGGUAGAAAAUUAA